UUUUGUCAAGUAAUCACGUACAGUAUCAAAACUUUUUAUGACAGUAGAAUUAUCGAAUUAACUUAAGUAUGUUGUAUGAAGAUAUACUCGUUUAGUUACAGAAUUUCUGAAUUUUUUAUUAUAACUAUAAGUUUUUUAACUCAAACUGGUUUCAAAAUUCUUAAACCACUUACUCAGUUACUACACGAAGUUUAGCCUAAACUUUAGGCCAAUAACGUAAAUUAGGCUUACACGGACUAAGUCACUAAAUCAGUGGAUAGGCUACGCAUUUCCAUUGUAAUUUUAGUCUUGUUUUACUGUAUAAUACAAAUUAUAAUUAAAAAGCAUACUUUUUAUUAUUAAUAUUGAGAUUGUGAGUUUGACGUUGUGUCGUGAUGUACCAUGGAUAAUCAACCAAGCGAACUGUCGCCAAAUUCUCCUAAAGAUAAUACUCAAGUAGUACGAAUGAUGAAUGAUUUUUCAGAUCUUCUACAACAAAAGACUCCACACGUCAGAACUACUUCCAAGUUUGCCCUUAACUUACCAUCAACAACAGAUAAGUCCAGGUUUAGUGCUGUUAGAAGUUCGUCUAGUUCUAGUAAGCCCAUAAGUUGUAGUGCCAGUGAUAGGCCCAAACUUAAUUGGCGAAAUAUAAAGACAAGAGCAGUAGGUUUACCUUGGAGUAGGAGUAGCAUUUCAACAAAACUAAGCUUUGCGAGUCCACAGCCAAAUAAAUUUCUGGAUAAAGCUGAAGCCUUACACCUGAAAACGUCAGGACAACAGUCUAGUGUUAAUUUAGGUGCAUUGCAAAAGAUGUCUGAAAGUGAAACUAUGACUUGUAAAGUGGCUCAUGAUGAUCAGAAAGGUGCAAGAGGAAGUACACUUGAAAAAGAAGUAGAACUUAUGAAGCAACUGGAGAAAAGUUUUAGUAUUCUUGAAAAUUCUGUAGAAGAUGCAGAGCCUCUUAAGAAGCGUGCAUGCAUAGAGUUGGAAACAGAGAUGGAAAAAUGGAAAACUGCAUAUGAAAGAGAGGCUGAAAAGUUUGUAAAGUUGAAGGCAACUGUGCGAAGACUUGCAGAAAAACAGACAAAAGCCGAGUCGGAACUUAAUCAUCUAAAAGAACAAUUUACAACAGAACGUGAAGAACACGAGAAACAGCUACUGUCAUCUCAAAGGCUUUGUAAACAGCUUGAAGCUGAUAUAAAUGAGCUUGAAACAGAAAAAUGUGAAACAGUCCAGGAGUUGCAUCAUAAAAUUGAAAGACUCCAAGGAGAAGUUAAAGCUUCCAAUGAAGAAGUAGAAAAUGUUAAAAAUCAGAUGGAGUUAGCGAAAAAACACGUUCUGAAGGAAGAAGAAAUGAAGUCCAACAUGAAGCUAGAAGAGGCCUCUAAAAAAAUAAAGGAGCUUGAGGAGAAGUUAUCAGCUCACCAAGAAGACAUGGCAUGUGUUCAAAGUCUUCAGAAAGAACUUUCAAGAAUGGUGGAAAUGGAAGAAGAGAAUCAGAAGUUGCAGGAAGAUAACAGAAUUUUGAGGGAAUUUAAAACGAACAGCAUUCUCCUCCAUGAAAAACUGGAAGAUUUCCAGAAGCAACAGCAAGAGUUUGAAUCAAUCAAAAUACAACUUACCAAGACCCAGGAAGAAAAUGUCAGCUUAACUUCCCAACUUCAGCAAUGGAAGAGCUUGAAAAGUGAUAAGGAUUCCUGUGAAACCAUAUCUCCAUCUCAAGUUUCAAGACACAUUUCACAACUGCAGAAGAAUGUGACUUUGUUGAAAAAUGAAGUAUUCAUGUUGAAUGGAAAGAAACAGGAGCUUGAGAACAAUAAGCUACAGUUGAAUGACAAGAUUGGCAAAUUUAAAAAUGAUCUUGAAAAUACAAACACAAAAUUACAGCUUCAAGAUCAUCUGAUCAAGAGGUUGCAGAAAAAACUGUUACUUGUAUCAAAGGAAAGAGACAGUUAUAAAAGAGUUAUUGAUUCAUAUGAAAGUGAAGUAACUCUUGCAGUAGGACCACAAAUGGAAAGAAUUCAGUGGUUAGAAUCAAUUCUUGCAGAAUAUAGAGUCAAAUUAGACCAGACAGAAUCAGAAUUAAACCAGGCGAGGGAGCAACUACUAGGGAACUUUCAGCCGGUCAAGAAAUCUGAAGGCAGUACCCAAACUGAUGCUGUAGUUCUUCCAACACAACAGGAUCAUUCCCAAAUGAGAAUUGUUCAUUUCAAGAACAAUCCUUUAGACCUAGCCAUCCAAACAAGAGUUGAGGACUUGCGUCAAGAAAACAUGACACUAAAAGCUAAGCUUGAACAGUUGACUCAAGAAAAGCCAAGUACUAGCAGCUCCCUACCUUGCCAGGAGAAAUGUGACCCAAGCAGUGAUACUGGAGGUCUAAAGGAACAGCUUACUGUUGCAGAGUUAAAGAACAAGAGACUUUUGAAUGCUUUUCGAAAGACUAGCCAGGAGUUUCGUGAGGUGUGUUAUUUGUUGACAGGUUUCAAGAUAGAUGUGUCUAGUCAGAAUAAGUACAAGAUGUCUCAUAUGUACUCUGAAUCAGAAAAUGAUUACUUGCUAUUUGAGUAUGCCAAUGGAAGGUUAAAGCUGUUAGAGACGGAGUAUUCUUCCCAGCUGCAAGAGUUGAUUGACACAUACUUGAAAGGACAUAACAGCAUUCCAGCAUUUCUCAGUAGCUUAACCUUGGAGCUAUUCAGUCAACAGACCUACUUUCUGGAUAAAAAUUAAAUAAUUUUUUCAUGUAGUGUUUUUACUCUUUUUUUUUUUGCCUAUUCUAUAUCACA